CAAAUGCACACUACAAUGUGACAAAAGAGCGAGGUGUGAAAUGUAAAAGUGUCUUUUAUGUAGACAUCCCUGGAAGCGGUGAGAGAAGCGCAUCUGUAUGCAGAGGCUGGACAGUCAGUACUCUGAGCUGCACAGCAGAUUGACCAGCAGUAAACACGAGGACAGGAAAGUGACGUGUGUGUACAUCAUCUUCUGGAGAACAUAAAGUGGGUCACAGCUUUUUCUUCUAUUGCUGUAAACCUACUGAAUUGUGGCUCAGGAAAUAGUAGGGUUGACGUCUUUAUUGAUUUAAUGAGAUAGGAACAUACUGAUCGUCUCGACUGGAGAUAACCAUGGUUAUUAAAAAUGGAAAGUCCCCAGUUCGGCAGAAACUAGAUACUGAGAAUUUCGAAGACAAGUAUGAUAGAAGACUUGAAUUUCAUGAAACCUUGAGGAACCGCCACAAUACAACCUCUUGUCGACAGGACAAUCCUUGCUGGAACAAGGAACAGGAGAGACAUUCCCCAAGAGAGCAAGAGUUUUUCAGGAGACGACAUCUUUGGACUGAUGAGUUAGGAGACAAAGGAGUAAGGUCUCCUCCUAAGUCAAACAAAUAUAUUAAACACUCUUCUAUCAGAGAAAAUUUAAUUAAAGUGGACAACAAAGAUAAAGAUGUGUCCACAAGUUGUCAGAUAUCCUGGCAUCAUAAUCGCUCCAAGACAUACCCUUUUGACUCUAGAAUUGCAAUAUCAGAAUUCUGUUUAGAACCUGUUCACAGUAAAACCAAAAAAAAUGAUGUAACAACGAGAGAAAGAGGAGUUCAGACAAUCCAGGAAACACCAAAAAUCAGUUUAAAGAAGGACUCCAGCCAGCAAACCGAUUGUGCCAUAGCUGUUUUGAAUGGGGAGUUACUUCAGCUUUCUGAAUACCUGAUGGAGGCCCUACACAGGGAGCAGAAACUGAAGAAAAAGCUUUGUGCCUUACAGGAGCUCCUCAGUGUGCUUGUACAGGCCUCCGAGAAGUCGUGGAUGACCCAGCUUAAUGACGACCAUUUAAAGUGCAAAGUGGUAAAUCUUGAAAACCAGCUCUUCUUCUACACUCAGAGUUUUUCAAAAACAAAUGUGAAAAAGCUUCUCUUGGAGAUGGAAGAUCACAAGAUGAAAUAUGAGGAGAAAGCCAAAGAAUCACUUCAGAAGUUAUCAGAGGAGAAAAUAGCCACACAAAGACAACUCCAGAAUGUGGAGAUGUCAUUAUCAAUGUCUUCAGAGGAAUGCGAGUUGUGGAAAGAAGAAUACGAAAAACUGAAAGCAGACUGGAUUGAACUGAGCAAUAAGCAUUGUGAGCUAAAGAAUGAGAUGAACAUCCUUCAUAGCAAACUGCAGUGGGUGGGAUCUCAGGAGUCACAAUGUCAACAGCUUUACAGUCGGAUUCAACAGCUACAGAAAGAGCAGAUUGAGUUGCAAGCCUUGAAUGAGCACCUUCAGGAAGACAAUGAACUGCAGAAGGAGCAGCUGAGCUCUCUACAAGUUAGACUGAGGAAUUCGGAGGAGCAGAAACUUGAGAUGCACAAACAAAUUAAGGGUUUACAACUUGACCUUGUAACGCUGGAGCAGAAAAACGUGUCAGACAUUAAAAGAGACACGACAACAUUACAACUAAGUGAGUCACCAGAAGAAGAACUGAAAAAUGACCAACUCCAGGCUGUGAUGGAAAAACUAGCGUCACAGGAGAAAGAGUGUGCAGGUCUGAAGGUUGAGCUGGACCUGAUCACUGAUGACUAUCGCUCUUGCCAGAGAAAGUUGAAGCAAUGUCGAGAGGAGCUAAAGGGAAUGUCCAGAAAAAACCCAAAGAGAUGCUGCUGCUUCUGGACGCCACUCUUUACGGUGAUAUUGGCUGCAGUGAUGGCGUUCUUUUUCUCCAGUCACAUAGAACAUUAUAUGCACUGAAAUGUUCACCUACCUCAGGUUUACUAAGGAACUGCAUUUGUUAAUUAAUGUUUAUGAACAGUUUUUAGUUUUGUUCCCAAUUUUUUUUUAUGUGUUUAUGUGUAUAUUACAGUAUUUGCCUUUUGCAAUGUGAACAGAGAUGUAGCACAACACAAGUAAUAAAGUGCCUUAUGCAAGA